AUGGGCGAGUCGAGACAAGAGCUUGUUGCGUGGCUCAACAGCCUUCUGCAGCUUAACAUCACAAAGGUCGAGCAAUGCGGUACUGGCGCCGCCCUUUGCCAAGUCUUUGACAGCAUCUACAUGGACGUUCCCAUGUCCAAGGUCAAGUUCAAUGUGAACUCGGAAUACCUGUACAUUCAAAACUUCAAGGUGCUUCAGAACUGCUUUUUGAAGCACCAGAUCGACAAGCCUAUUCCCGUAUCGGCCCUCGUCAAGUGCAAGAUGCAGGACAACCUCGAGUUCCUGCAGUGGACAAAGCGCUUCUGGGACCUCAACUUCCCGGAUCACGAGUACGACGCCGUUGCCCGACGAAAAGGCGGUGCCAUGCCCCCCGCCGGUGGUGCCGCCCCCCGAUCCGCCGCUUCCAGCAGCGCCGCCCGUCGAGCAGGUGGUACCCCUAGCGGUGGCCCUCGGGUUGCCAAGGCUGCCGGCCCCGCCACCGCCGCCCUUCAGCAGGAGAACGCUACCCUCAAGGAGACAGUGACAGGCCUCGAGAGGGAGCGUGACUUUUACUUCAGCAAGCUCCGAGACAUUGAGCUUCUCAUCCAACAAGCCGUCGACGAGGAUCCCGAGCUGGAGAAGCAGGAGGACGGCCUUAUCAAGCAAAUCCAGACCAUCCUGUACUCGACAGAGGAGGGCUUCGAGAUCCCCGCCGAGGAUCAGGUGGACGACCAGGAGACCUUCUAG